AUGACCAAUAAACUGGACCCAGCCACCCGUCGUGAGUGGGAAGCUGUCUCUUCAGGAACAGUACCUGCAUCGUACAGCAUGCUGGAAAAUUUCGUAACGGACCGCUGUCAAAUGCUAGAAGCUAUACCUUCAAAGAAAAGAUCUUAUGUGGAAAGCACUAUUCCUGCGAAAAGGGUUAAUUUGGAAGGACGGGCACUGACAGUCACAAAACCAUCGCAAUUAUGCGCAGCUUGCAGAGGGGAACACUUUCUUGGAGGCUGUAAUCGGUAUCGUGCAAAAUCUAUCGACGAAAAGCUGAAGAUGAUCAAGCGUUUCGCACUGUGCUACAAUUGCUUCAAGUCAAACCAUACUACAGAUAAAUGUCGAAGCGGAGGCUGCUUCAAAUGUGAUGGGAAGCAUCAUACAUCCAUCCACCGAGAGAAGAAAGAAAGUUUCUAUUACAAUGACAACCCACCAGAUAAGCGUCAUCAAGAGAAAAAACAAAUAACGCAGACUUAUCCAUCGACACAAGCAUCCAUCCUCCCUACGGCUAUAGUAUUGGUUCACAGUCUUGACCGUGCCCCAAUAUUGGGUCGAGUCUUAUUAGACUCAGGCUCACAGUUCAACUUCGCUACGAAAUCGCUGAUGAACCGUUUAGGAGUACCAACUCAGACGACCAAAGUUAACGUGACAAUACCAGUGCUAGUAUCGGACAAUGUAAUCGGGAGCAUUCCCUCGAAGGAUUUGAACACAGACAACUGGAAUCUUUCAGACGUAAAUUUAGCGGAUCCUGAUUUCCAUUUAAGUAGCCCAGUUGACAUACUACUGGGAGUUUCGAUCGUAUUUGACAUCAUUCGAAGUGGCAACAAAGACAUUGGUGAAGAACUACCGCGUAUUCAAAAUACGGCACUUGGGUGGGUAAUUGGCGGUGGUAGGGCAUACAUAAAGGCAAACACCGAAGUAUCAAUGGUAAUCAGUGGAACCAAGAACAGUUUCGUUCCUAUUGAGUGGACUGAAGAGAAAUCAUUGUGCGAGCAAUUGUUCGUAGAUACCACCACACGCACAGAAGACGGCCGUUUUAUAGUGCGACUGCCACGAAAACCCAACUCUGAUCAACUGGGUGAUUCUAAAACCUUGGCUCUAGGACAAUUCUUGAAGCUAGAAAAAAGGUUUGAAGUGGAUCCUUUGCUACAUCAACAAUAUAGCACUUUUAUUUCUGAAUAUUUAGAACUAGGUCACAUGUCCAAGGUAAACGAAAAGGACUUAGACGGACUGAAUGGCCCUGUGUUUUAUAGUCCUCAUCACCCAGUAUUCAGACCUGAGAGCGCUACCACAAAAUUAAGGGUAGUUUUCAAUGCAUCUGCAGCUUCUUCUAGUGGUCUAUCACUGAAUGACGUUCUAAUGACUGGACCCACGAUUCAGCAGGACACCUUCAACAUUCUGCUCAGAUUUCGGUUUCCCAAAUACGUGUUGAUUGCGGAUCUCGAAAAAAUGUUUCGACAAAUUCUGGUCCACGAAACAGAUUGUCAGUUACAGUACAUUCUGUGGCGAUUCUCUAGCGAAGAAGCCGUAUCCACAUACCGGCUCAACACUGUAACAUAUGGUACAUGUUCGGCACCAUACGUUGCAGCGCGAUGCUUAAAACAAGUAGCAAUUGAAUCUAAAGCUAGGUUUCCGCAAGCUAGUAGUGUGAUUGAAACAGACUUUUAUAUGGACGACAUGGUGACAGGUCUCGACGAUCUAGACGAACUAAUUGAACUUAAAGAAGAAAUUACAGCGAUACUAAACGACGCUGGGUUCAAACUUCACAAAUGGAAUUCAAACUCAUCUGCGUUAGUACCCGAUGAUAGGAAAAAAGAUGAGGUAAAGAUUCUAGGUCUACGAUGGAACUCUAAGGUGGAUGUUUUUGGGUUUCAAAGUGAACUUCAAAUGCACACUAAGAUCACAAAACGUAACGUGUUGUCAGAUAUUCAAAAGAUCUAUGACCCACUCGGAAUGCUCAGCCCACUUGUCGUGCAUGCGGACAAAAAAGUGGUCUUCGAAACAACCGGACUUAUUGCUUGGACAACUGUGUCUAGUAAAAGACGACGCGUUACCAGCGAAUACUUGGAUUACGGGACGAGUGAUCAAACUUCAUCCUGGACCGGACAAGCACAUUCGUGUAGCUACUCUGAUUACGGCAAAAGCAACGGAUCGUAUCUGUGUAACAGCUAUAAAAUAUCGUUCAAGCAUCAUUCUGAUGGAAAGUAUGUCUGCUGGCCGGACAAGGCGUCUUCCCAUUACGCCAAGGAGACAUUGGCGUACCUCAAGGAAAAACAGAUUACGUACGUACCAAAGGAACGGAACCCGACCAACUUGCCCCAGUGCCGUCCGAUCGAGGAUUUUUUCAGCUUCCUCAGUACCCUGGUGUACAAGAAUAAACUCGCUGCACACUCGCUGGGAACGCGUGCAAACGCUUACACAGGCUCCAGCAAGCCAGUCCAGAUGACUCCUCAGCAGCAGCAGCAGCAGCAGCAGCAGCGAGCGGCAGUGGCUAUGAAGAGCCGUAAACUCGGUCGUUCAUAA